GCAUGCGCUCUGGGUUCACGUCUCCUGCCACAACGUGAUGGUUGCCCUUGUCUCCCGUCCCCUGUUACUGUGCAGUGGUCACUGUUCAUAGCGCUGCCCGAUGGCGGUCACCACACACAGGCAGGGCCCCGCCAGGAGGGCCUGGAAAGGACCACUUGGGCCAGAGCCCGGCGCUGCGGAGUGCUGUUCCUUGCAUCUCCCCCUGCUCUCCAGCCUCCGCUGCCUCCCCUGAGGGCCCUGCCCAAUACCCAAUUGCUCUUGCAUGUUGGAGACUUUUCCUAGCACCCACCUCAAUUCCUGCCUGCUGCCCGAGAGGGUGAGUCACUGCCACCCUGGAGGAGUCUCCAGACCACGUCCUCCCCCAUCUUCUGGGUGGGUGCAGCGAGCCGCCUCCUGCCAGCGCGCCUAGGGGAGGAUGGGCGUCCGUCGGCAUCUUCUAUCUGAAUCCCAGAGAUGGGGAGGGGUCUCGGGAGCUCUCUAGUCUCUCCCCCAUUCCAGCCAGUGCAUGAAAAUUAUCUCUGAGCCCGAGGGAAUUACUCAGUGGCCUAAGCAGGAGAUUCCAGCUCCAUGGAUUCCUGGGAAACAAACAUUCAGCCCCCUGCAGAGCCAUCUCCGACCUCCUAGGCGAGUCUGGUUCUGUGCCAACUGCUCUGCAUGGCUCUUUCAGAGGAGAUCUUAACCAUGGCUGUUCUCUCUGCACGCUAGAAAUCCUGCGGGGCUUCUGGCGAGCUGCCCGCUGUCUUUGAGUAGUGUGGAUGCACCCUGGCUGACCACGUCACAGCUCCCCCAGAGGUGGCUGCAUUUCAGUGGUGGUGAACGUAAUUUAUGUGUUUGGGGCCAGGCCAAGGCCCCAUGUACUCAGCAACAAGCUGAAUUCUGUGGCAAGAGCCCUUGGUUCUGCAGUAGUUUUGUUUUCAUUCAAAUCCAGAUGUUUGAGGUACAAAAAUUCAUAUUGUGAGAUCAGCACAGCAGCUCCUGGGUCGUUUAUCCUGUUGCUGAAUUCAGCUCACUCAUUGUCCCCACAGCUGCAGUUUUGGAUGCCAAAGACUUUUCCAUGGACCAUGUGUGGCUGCAUCCCAGAAAUGGCUGGAGGGAUGCUGGAGGUUUGGGUCGCUAGGCUGCUGUCGCCGGACUACACCGAGACUCACUACUCAGCCGGCGGGCAGCCGGUGACGCUGUCUCCCAACGACACCGAUCACUGUUAUUACCACGGCCACGUGCGAGGGUACCAGGGCUCCUGGGUGGUUCUCAGCACCUGCUCGGGGAUCAGCGGCCUGAUCGUGCUGAAUGUCAAUGACAGCUACUACUUGAAACCCCUGGGGACCCCGGAACCUGAGCAUCACAUCCUCUUUCGGGCAGAGCACUUGCCAGUCGAAGGCGGGACUUGUGGGCCUAGCGGCCUGUUAGGAAGCAGCGUAGCUGACGUUGCCAGACUCGUCAAGCCGGUGCAUCAGCGGGCAAAGAGAGACACCUGGAGGACCCUGAAGUACAUGGAGCUGUUCAUUGUCGCUGAUUACACCCUGUUCCUCAAACAGAAUCGCAACCUGGGCCAAACAAAGCAGCGGAUUCUGGAGAUUGCCAACUACGUGGACAAGUUUUACAGGUCUCUGAAUAUCAAAGUGGCCCUCGUCGGCCUGGAGGUGUGGACGGAGAGGGACCAGUGCAUGGUCACCAGCGACGCCAAUGCCACCCUGUGGUCCUUCCUGCAGUGGAAGAAGAUGCUGAGGUCUCGGAAGAAGCAUGACAACGCCCAGCUGCUGACCGGCAGGACCUUCCGAGGGACGACCAUCGGGAUGGCCCCGCUGGAGGGGAUGUGCAGCGCAGAGAACUCGGGAGGUGUGAGUGCGGACCACUCGGACCUGCCGAUCGGAGCCGCCGCCACCAUGGCUCACGAAAUCGGGCACAACUUCGGCAUGAGCCACGACAGCGAGGGCUGCUGCGUGGAGGCCACCCCGGCUCAAGGAGGCUGCGUCAUGGCCGCUGCCACUGGCCACCCGUUCCCUCGCGUGUUCAGCUUCUGCAGCAAGAGACAGCUGGAGAGUUACUUCCACAAGGGAGGCGGGAUGUGUCUCUUCAACAUGCCCAGCACCAAAGACCUGGUGGUGGGCAAGAAGUGUGGAAAUGGCUUCCUGGAGGACGGGGAGGAGUGUGACUGUGGGGAGCUAGGGGAGUGCACCAACCCCUGCUGCAACGCGCACAACUGCACGCUGAAGGCCGGAGCCCAGUGCGCCCACGGGGACUGCUGUCAGAGCUGCCAGCUGAAGACAGCUGGGACCAUGUGCAGAGAGCCGGCUGGAUCCUGCGACCUCCCUGAAUACUGCACGGGGGCCUCGCCCUACUGCCCCGGCAACGUGUACCUGCUGGAUGGCUCGGCCUGCGCCAGCGGGGACGCGUACUGCAGCAACGGCAUGUGCCUGACUCAUCACCAGCAAUGCGUGCAGCUCUGGGGCCCAGGCGCCUGGCCGGCUCCCGACGCCUGUUUCCAAGAUGUCAACACAGCCGGCGACACGUAUGGGAACUGCGGCAAGGACAGCCAGGGGCAUUACGUGAAAUGUGACCGGAGAGACGCCAAGUGCGGCAAGAUCCAGUGCCAGAGCUCGGCCAGGAAACCCAAGGGGACCAACACAGUCUCCAUGGACACCACCAUCCGCUUCAACGGGCGGGAGGUGAAAUGCAGAGGCACCUUCAUGUACGCCACCAAGGACGACGAGGGGGACCUGUCGGACCCCGGCCUGGUGAUGACGGGGACCAAGUGUGGGGACGGGAUGGUCUGCAAGGAUCGCAGGUGCCAGAAUGCUUCCUUCUUUGAGCUGGAGAAGUGCAUUUCGCAGUGCCAUGGCCACGGGGUUUGUAACAGCAACAAGAACUGCCACUGCAGUGCCGGCUGGGCCCCCCCGUACUGCGAGAAGCCGGGCCUGGGGGGCAGCGUGGACAGCGGCCCCGUGCAGCACGACAACCAUGAAGCCAUCUUGAUAGCCCUGCUGCUCGUCUUCCUGCUGAUCCUCCCUGCCACAGCUUUGGGGAUCUACUGGUGCUACAGACGGAAGAACUCGCUCCUGAGCAAAUGGAUAAAGAGCACGAGGAAGAGCCAGGAGACGCGCAGGAACGGAGCCAUCCAUCAGAAGGGAACCGGGGGCCAUUCGAACGCGGCUUUCACCUUGCAGGAUGUUUCCUCCUCUAGUAAAGCUGCCAACAGCACUAACAAAGCAGCCAGGAGCAUCUUGCCCCUCAAGCUGAACGGUUCCCAGCCCAUCAGCAUUGUCCACCCCCUUCGCCAGGCUCCCAGCCCAGCCGCUCAGCCCCACCGAGACCUCAAGCCGUCCAGGCCGCCUCCUCCUGGUGGCAAAUCCCCCGUCGUUCCGGCCAAAACGAUCGGCUCCCAACCCAAGCUGCUGCCUCCAAAGAAGCCUCUUCCCAGCAGCCCCGUGAGGACUCCUGUGAUCGUCUCAAAGCACGGACCCCCUCGCCGGCCUCUGCCUGGGAGCCCUCUCCUGGCCAAAACACCUCCCUCGGCACAGGGACGGACCCUGCUGGUCACGGUCCCUCCCACCAACUUUAAGGCGGCAGGGGCCAGCUCUGCCAGGUACCUAACCAAGCCCGUCCCAGGGUUCAAAGUCCAGUCCGCCUCCUUCCCCUUUAAGAAAUGACAAACGUGGAAAAAGCAAGAGGAAUCCUCGCACAUGCUCCCCGAACUGGUUCUCCUCAUUUGCACUAUUGCGGGCGACGGGGCUCUUUUGGAUACCAAAGGACUAUUUUUAUAUGAGGGGAAAUGUUUCUGCACAUAAAAGAGGGAGGGUGUGGGGGAGGGGAAAGUGGUACGGAGCUAUAUCAUUGGGGUGGGGUGGGGUGGGCAGGGCAGCUUGUGGGGUUAACCAUGACGCAUCAUCUGCCUGCCAGGGGCAUCAUCCAGACUCUGCUCCUUCCCAGCCAUGCCUGCUGGGCUGGGAAGCAGCAGAUCUGGGUGCCCUAAGCAGCCAGCACUGAUGGAAGAGGCUGGUGACCAGUCCCGAGGCAGGGCCUAGCUACCUUUGCCUCUCUCGCCAGCAGAAUCCAAUGCUGGACGUUGUUACCACAGCUGGCACCGGCGAUCCACGCGGCCCGGGGGACAAUGCAAUUGCCGACUCAAACGGUGCCACCUAGCGGUGGGGUGUCUGACUGGCGUGUCCCUGGAGGAUCCUUGUUGUCACCCUCCCCGGCUUCCUCCUGGUCUGAAAGGCCGUGACAAUUGUGGAGAGCCCAGCAGAAAAAGGUGCUCUGAAGAGGAGCCAGCUGGGAGCGCUUCUCUCGUGCGGCAUGUGUGGCAACGGGGUUUCAGCUGCUCGGCUAUUUCAGGGAACGGGGGGUUCCCCAGCCACGUGCUUUGUUCCCGUCAUAUGGUGUAAGCCAUGUGGUUGCUUUCUGAGCUGCUAAUGUUUUAUUAUGAAAAGGGGGAAGAAGUGUGGACCAGUGGUGAGAGCAGGGGGCUGGGGAGACCCACUCCCAACUCUGCCACUGACUCACUGCGUGGCCUUGGCCAACUCACUGCACCACUCUGUGCCUCAGUUUCCCCAUCUGUAAAAUGGGGGUAAUAAUACCUACCUCACAAGGGUGUUGUGAGGUUUGACAAACUGAUGUCUCUCAAGGGCUUUACGAUCCUCAGAUGGAAGGUGCUGCGAAGUAUUACGAUGUGUUUAAUGUCUGAGUCACUUUCCUAUGACAUGACACCUGACGUCGUCAGGGUCUCUGAAGUGAGAACAAUGCCUUUCUCCAGUC